UCUAACCCCUCAUCUUUUUGUGAAGCCAUCCAUCCACGUUUUCUCUUCUCCUUAACUGCUUCUCUCCUUCCUCGGUUCCCCCUCUCCCCCUCCCCCUCCGUCUUUCACUCUCUCUUUCUUCCUCCUUCCAUCGCAUCACACGCCACCAGACACACAGACAGACAAACUUCCAUCCAGAGCCUUCCCGGCCAGUGCAGGAGAUUAUAUCAGGAGCCCACGAGCAGAAAUACCGGAGAUCGGCGGAGUUCAGACUGGAUUGCGGUGGGGUUUAGGGCGGUGGCCAGCGAUGGACGUCGACGUGGAGGGCGCUGUGCAGCCAACCAGGAGGAGUUCAUGGGGAUGGCAGAAAGGGACGCUUCUGCUGGCGUACCAGAGCUUCGGCGUGGUCUACGGCGACCUCUGCAUAUCCCCGGUCUACGUGUACAAGAACACCUUCUCCGGGAAGCUGCGGCUCCACGAAGAAGACGAGGAGAUCCUCGGCGUGCUGUCACUCGUCUUCUGGAGCCUCACUCUCGUGCCACUCCUCAAGUACAUCAUCCUUGUCCUCGGCGCCGACGAUAACGGAGAAGGUGGUACAUUUGCCUUGUACUCGCUGAUGUGCCGGCGUUCGAGGAUGGGGCUCCUGAACAGCAUCCACGCCGGCCAUGGCUCCAUGACGUCCCAGGAAGAGCCCUGCAAGGAGUCGAGGAGCAACCUGAUCAUCAGAGGGUUCAUCGAGAAGCACUACUCUCUCCGUGUGGUGCUGCUGCUCUUCGUCCUCAUGGGCACUAGCAUGGUCAUCGGCGACGGCGUCCUGACCCCCACAAUGUCAGUGUUAUCAGCAGUUUCCGGCCUGAGGAUCAAGUUUCCGGAACUACAUGAAAAUUACACCGUGCUCAUCGCGUGUGUCGUUUUGGUGGGGCUGUUCGCACUUCAGCACUACGGGACGCACCGUGUCGGGUUCCUGUUCGCGCCGAUCCUCAUCUCCUGGCUCGCCUGCAUCGGCGGCAUUGGGAUUUACAACAUUUUGAAGUGGAACCCUAGCGUUGUCCGUGCCCUAUCUCCGUAUUACAUAUACAACUUCUUCAGGAAGGCCGGUGAGGACGGCUGGAGCUCACUGGGAGGGAUUGUUCUUUGCAUCACAGGUGCUGAAGCAAUGUUUGCUGAUCUUGGGCAUUUCUCUAAGCUUUCACUGAGGCUUGGAUUCACAGUAGUUGUGUAUCCUUGCUUAGUUCUGGCUUACAUGGGUGAGGCUGCCUAUCUGUCCAAACAUAGGGAGGAUCUCCAAAGUAGCUUCUACAAAGCUCUUCCAGACCGCGUGUUCUGGCCAGUUCUGAUCAUUGCGACGCUGGCCACCGCCGUGGGGAGCCAGGCGAUCAUCUCUGCCACCUUCUCCAUCAUAAGCCAGUGCAGGGCCUUGGGCUGCUUCCCCCGGAUCAAGGUCGUGCACACCUCCAGCCAUGUCCACGGCCAGAUCUACAUCCCGGAGGUGAACUGGACCCUCAUGUCCCUCUGCCUCGCCGUCACCAUCGGCUUCCGGGACACCGAGAUGAUCGGCAACGCCUACGGGCUGGCGGUGAUCCUGGUGAUGUUCACGACGACAUGCCUGAUGUUCCUGGUGAUCACAACGGUAUGGAACCGGUCCGUCUUAUGGGCGGCGCUCUUCGCCGCGGUCUUCGGCUCCGUCGAGCUCCUCUACCUAUCGGCGUGCCUGGCCAAGGUGCCCCACGGCGGCUGGCUGCCGCUGCUGCUCUCCCUGGCCACGCUCGCCGUCAUGUCGGCGUGGCACUACGGCACGGCCAAGAAGCAGGAGUACGAGCUGCAGAACAAGGUGUGCCUGGACCGGUUCCUGGGCCUGAGCUCCGGCAUCGGGCUCGUGCGCGUGCCGGGCGUCUGCUUCGUGUACUCCUCCGGCGUCUCCGGCGCCGGCAACGGCGUGCCGCCCAUGUUCGCGCACUUCGUCACCAACUUCCCGGCGUUCCACCGGGUGCUGGUGUUCGUGUCCCUGCAGACGCUGACGGUGCCCAAGGUGGCGGCCCAGGAGAGGUUCCUCGUGGGCCGGAUCGGGCCGGCCCACCACCGGAUGUUCCGCUGCGUGGUCCGGUACGGGUACAAGGAAGGCGGCCGGUGGGGGGAUCACUUCAGCUUCGAGAACCAGCUGCUCGUCAAGCUCGUCGAGUUCCUCCGCCUCCAGCAACAACAGCGGCAGCAAUUGGACGCCGCCGGCGACGGGGAAGAAGAAGACAGCUCUGGAGAGAUGGAGAUGUCGGUGAUGUCGAUGAGCUCCGGGGAGAUCGACGGCAAGAAGAAGAAGAAGCAGGUGCGGUUCGAUCUGGAUCUGGACCUGGAUUUAUGGCGGGCGUCGGAGGAGGAGAAGGAGCUGAUGGAGGAGAGGGAGGCCGGGGUGUCGUACAUGAUCGGGCACACGUGCGUGUUCGCGCACGAGUCGUCGUCGGCGGUGAAGAAGUUCGCCGUCAACGUGGUCUACGGCUUCCUGCGGCGGAACUCGCGGAGGCCCGCCGUCGUGCUCGGCAUCCCGCACACAUCACUCAUCGAGGUCGGCAUGGCGUACAGGGUAUGAAUGAAUGAUUUGCCGCCCUGUUUCUCGGCCGAUAAGAUCGAUCGAACGCUCGCUCGCUUGCUGAGGAAGAAGAAGCGUUAGUAGUACUGGAGUAGUAGCUGUGUUGUAGGCUUGGUUAUAACUGAAGAUAGCUGAAGAAAACAUACACCAGUUGGACAGAACAGAAUAACAACAACAUGGCUGCGCUGAAAGAAGAAAUUCCGCAUAGCAUGCUGUUGCUUCUGAUAUGGAAAUUAAAGGUUGGAAGGAAAUUGAUACCGUAUCCGUGUCAUCGGGUAGGGUUGAUACAACAAAAAACCUGAGCCUACGAAAAUUCGACUCAGCAUUCUGCUGAAAUCAAAAUUUUGGUCAGAAGUUGCCGGUUUUAUAAAAUUCCGGGUCAUUUCUAGGGGACAAAAGUUUAAUUUGUAUUUUUUUAGUGCUUGAUGUACUCAUUGGUGCUAUAUAUAGUAUAAUUUUGUUGA